GUAUAAGGUGUGUAUAAGAGUGGGUACAACAAGCAUUGCUGAAAUAACUAUAUUACUUAAAGUCUUCAUUCUUCUAAUUAAUUACUUUAUAGUUUCCUAGUAGUAUUAAUAUUCCUAGUUUCUUAAUUUCCGAUUAGCUAGUUGAGCACCAGCAGGACUUAGUUUCCUGAUUCAACUUGUUCAGUUUUUGGGUUAUAUAUUUACCCAUUAAUUAAUUAAUAAAGAGGGAGCAUAUAAUUUUUCAGCUUAUUCAGGCUUGGUCUUCUAUCACCCUGAGAUAGAAUCGUUCCCUUUACGCCGUGAGUAAAGGCAUAAGCUUUCUUGCGUUUCAGCAGCUUCUCGUCCCAGGAUUCUCAUCAAUUGGUAUCAGAGACCUUUCAGGAUGACUAAUCGCGAACGUUUUGACCAGCUGGACAAUUCACUCGCUCAAAUCAGAUCCCCCUUCAACAAUCUGGCCCUAACCGUAGAAUCUAUGCAAAAGUGGAUGGAGGAGCACAUCAAUUCAUCGUCAAAGUCACGCAGGACAAAUUCCAGAUCAGUAUCAUCAAAUCACCAACGAAAACGAAGAAGCAAACAUCAGCCGUCUUCUUCAUCAUCGACUUCAUCUUCCGAAAGUAGCAAAAAUGGGAGCAGCAGUUCUGAAGACUCUCACACCCACACAGAAAUACCAUGGCAGGAAGAAGAGAAUCAAGAUCGGUUAAGAGACCGUCUCAAGCUUGACUUCCCAAAAUUUGCAGGUGAGGAAGUAGUGGUCUGGUUAAAUCGUGCUCGACAAUACUUCUCUGUAAAGGGAAUCCAAGGACCAAGAAAAGUACAAUUGGCUUCAUUCCAUCUCGAAGGGGAAGCAAAUCAAUGGUGGAAGUGGUUUGAUAAACGCAAAAGGAGGGGAGAAAUCACCUGGAGGCAGUUUGAGAGUGGCAUCCUAAAAUGAUUUGGACCCACUGAUUUUGAAGACUAUAAUGAGUUGCUCAGCAAAAUCAAACAAACAGGUUCCUACAGAGAAUACUUGAAAGAAAUCGAGAGAUUAUCGACUCGAGUAAAAGGGUGGACAUCAAAGGCUCUACUUGGAACUUUUUUGGGUGGUCUACGGGAGGAGUUAUCAUUAGAUAUCCGACUGUUUAACCCUCGAAAGUUAUCUGAUGCUAUGGAACUGGCUCGUCGAAUAGAUGAGAAACAACAACGAGGAAAGAAACAACUGGUAACCACCUUAAAACAACCCACGGGAGGGCGGUCUGCCAUGAAUAAUUUAGCACAAAUCACAACUCCCAAGACGAUUGACCGCAGAAGAGAUGAAAGCAAGAAGAGAAAAGAAUAUGUGUUAUAACUGUGAUGUAAAGUUCACACCUGGUCAUCGAUGUAAGGCUCUUCAAUUUAUGCUGGAAGUCCAAGAAGGAGAAUAUAUGGAGAUGCCAAAGAAUAAUGACACAAGUGAAGAAGAAAUUUCUGUAUCGGUGCAUGCACUAGCAGGAGGUAUGGAUUCCAGAACCAUGCAUGUAUCAGGCAAUGUGCAGCAACACAAGCUUAAUAUUUUAAUUGAUUCGGGAUCAACACACAAUUUCAUUAACCAGGAAGCGGCAGGUCGGCUCAAGUUAACGGUCACCAAAAUUAAACCAUUUACAGCCCGGAUAGCUAAUGGUGAUCGUCUUUGGUGUUCUGAAAAAUAUGAACACGUCCAGAUUACCAUCCAAGGGUACACUUUCGAAACUACUCUAUAUGGCCUUCCAAUUACCGGUAUGGAUGUGAUCCUGGGGAUGCAGUGGCUUAAAAGUUUGGGAAAAAUAUUAUCAGAUUAUAAUGAUCUGACAAUGGAGUUCACAAUUUCUGGGGUAACACAUGCCAUCCGUGCAGAAGCACCAUUAUUAGCAAAAGAAGUUCACCUAAAUUGCAUCAUAAGUGAUUGGGAAGUUGGGGCUGAAUUGUUUGCCUUUUUUAUUCCUAUACAACCAGCUGAAGAAGUGGUCACUAUAGCUGCAGAAAAUCCGGAAGUCCAGAAUGUGAUAGAUGGGUACGCCUCAUUGUUCAAAGAGCCCCGCUCACUACCACCGCGUAGGAAAUUUGAUCAUCGAAUCAAACUGAAGGAUGAACGUUGCACCGUUAAUGUAGCCCCUUAUCGUUAUGCCCACUUCCAAAAAGCCGAGAUUGAGCGACAAGUCACAGAGAUGCUACAGGUUGGGCUGAUCCAACCAAGUACAAGCCCCUUUUCUUCACCAGUUUUGCUUGUAAGGAAAAAAGACGGAACUUGGAGGUUUUGUACUGACUAUCGGGCACUCAAUAAGGAAACUGCUAAGGACAGAUUUCCGAUUCCGACUAUUGAUGAUAUGCUUGAUGAAUUACAUGGUGCCAAUUAUUUCUCAAACCUAGAUGUGUGGGCAGGUUAUCAUCAGAUCCGUGUUCAUCCCGAUGACAUACACAAGACUGCUUUCCGAACACAUAAUGGCCAUUAUGAGUACUUAGGGUCUGUUUGCAACAGCUUCUGCUUUUAAAAAAGUGUUUUUUUAAAUGAAACGAGGAAAAGUGAUUAAAUAAAAGUUAAUAGUGUUUGAGAAAAAAGUGAUUUUGAAAAGUAAAAGUGGGUAGUGUUUGGUAAAAUAAGUGCUUUUUGUGUAAUAGAAAAAGUAAAAGCACUUUUGACGCGGAAGCCGAGAAAAAUUAAAGUUGUAGUGUUUGGAAAAAUAAGUGUUUUUUUAAAGUCAAAAGCUGAGAAGUGCUUUUUUAAAAGCAGUUGCAAACCAACCCUUAGUCAUGCCAUUUGGACUUUGUAACGCUCCAUCAACCUUUCAGGCUGCCAUGAAUGAAAUUUUCAGAUCGUAUUUGCGUGGAUUUAUCUUGGUUUUCUUUGAUGACAUUCUCAUUUAUAGUAAAACAUGGGCUGCUCACCUUGAUCAUCUUCGAAGGACCCUGCAGAUUCUCCAGGAGCACCGUUUUCACAUAAAACCAAGUAAAUGUUUCUUUGCGCUCACAGAGGUUGAAUACUUAGGCCAUUACAUAUCUAAUGAGGGUGUACGAGUAGAUCCUCGAAAAAUUGAGGCCAUGUGUCAGUGGCCGAGACCAACUUCCAUCAAUGCCUUGCGCGAAUUUGUAGGAUUAACUGGCUACUAUCGCAAAUUUGUGCGUGAAUAUGGAUUGAUAGCUCGACCGCUAACUCAACUUCUAAAGAAAGGACAGUUUUCCUGGAGCUCAGAAGCUACAUUAGCUUUUGAAAAUCUUAAAAAGGCAGUCUCCACAACUCCAGUACUAGCUCUACCGGAUUUUACAAAGGAAUUCUGCAUCGAGACAGAUGCGUCGGGACAAGGAAUAGGAGCAGUUUUGUCACAAGGAAGGUGGCCCAUAGCAUUCAUGAGUAAGGCGUUGGGACCAACAAAACAAGCAUGGUCCACUUAUGCCAAAGAGAUGUUGGCAGUCCUUGAAGCCGUUCGAAUAUGGAGGACGUAUCUUUUGGGACGUCGAUUUAUCAUAUAUACUGAUCAAAAGAGUCUUCGACAUCUCAUUGAGCAACGUAUCACGACCCCUGAACAACAAAAGUGGAUAGCUAAGCUCCUGGGAUUUGAUUACGAAAUCAUAUAUAAACCUGGAGCCACCAAUAAAGUGGCAGAUGCCUUGUCUCGACGGGAGCAUCUUGAAAAAGGGGCCGAACUUACAGCUAUCUCAGGACCCUUGUGGGAGGUUUGGAAUGAAAUACGAACACUAACUCAAGAAGACACUCGCUUGCAAGAAAUUCAUUCCAAAAUAUUAAACAAAGAGGCUGAAGUGGCAGAUUAUGAAUUUCGGAAUGGGUGCAUUUUAUUCCAAGGGAAGGUUCUCAUACCAGGAAAUCAGUCCUUAAGAAAGAAGCUAAUACAUGAAUUUCAUAACACCCCGGCAGGAGGACACUCAGGAAUGUUACGAACUUUUAAUCGCCUAAAUCAAAUUUUUACAUGGCCAGGCAUGCGAGGAGCAGUUUCUCAAUAUGUCCGCGAGUGUGAAGUAUGUCAACGCACCAAGAUCAACUCUCUUGCACCUGGAGGUCUACUGUCCCCAUUACCGAUUCCUACAGCGGUUUGGGCAGAUGUUACUAUGGAUUUCAUAGAAGGAUUGCCAACGUCAGGAGGUAAAAACUCAAUUUUUGUCAUUGUUGACUGAUUUACAAAAUAUGCCCAUUUUGCUGCUUUAGCGCACCCGUUUACAGCAAAAGAUGUAGCUGCCACAUUCAUACAGGAGGUCGUUAGAUUUCAUGUAUCACUCCUUAAAAGGCAUGUGGGACCAACAACAUCAAUAACAACAUUACCGCCUAAUUCAGAAGAUGGGGAACCCGUUUUUGAACCAGAAAACAUUCUCAAUUUUCGAGAUGUCCGUACUAAGUCUGGAAAGAAUUGUUUCGAUUGCAAGGCACAAUGUUAAAAACAAGUUCGGCCUAUCACCCUGAGACCGACGGACAAACAGAAGUUGUCAAUCGGUGUUUGGCUCAAUAUUUACGUUGCUUCGCUCACCAAGUCCCUCGAAAGUGGAGUGGACUCCUCGUGUGGGCAGAAUUCUGGUAUAAUACAACCUACCAUAGUUCCAUAAAAAUGACCCCGUUUGAAGCGUUAUACGGAAGACCUCCACCAAUUAGGGCUGGGCACGGGCCGGGUCGGGGCGGGUAAUGCAAAAUAAAAUGGAACCGCCGGUUCCAUUGUACGGUCCGGUCCGGUCCGGGUAUUGCAAUUUUCAAAAUAGGAACCGCACCUUACCCGGCCCGUUUAAAACGGGUCGGUCCGGUCCGGGUUUUACGGUUUCUAUUCUCCUGUCUUAAAAUUAGUAAAAACUCACAAAGUUCCAAAAAUCAAUAAUCAAUAAUGUAGUACAUUAGCAAGCUUCAAAAUAACAACAUAGUGGUGCACAUGUAACACAAGUGACAAGUCCAAUACUCCAUAAUUUCAUGUAUAUAAGUUUCAAAUAAUUAAAGAAGUUCCAAAAAUCAGCAACAUAGCCAAAAUACAUAUUUUCUAACAUUUGAAGUUAAAAAUGUUGUCUAACAUCACAUAUUAAGGUGAUUGUGUUUUUUUUAUUAAAUUUUCAGUAUUAACCAAAGUUAACACAUAUAUACAUGAGGGUUGUAAUCACAAUUUAUAUUUUAAGAACAAUAUUAUAAAAACAAAUAUAACAAAAUCAUUUUUAACAAAUAAUUAAAUUCCAUAGAAAGGAAUAAUUCAAUAACGAUAAAAAGUAAUAAGAAAUUUAUGUAAAAUUUAAUCAAUAAUUUGAAAGCAAAAUGAUGUUAUUGUAACUCAAUUUGAAAUCCUACUUCUAGCAAAGGAAAACAAAACUAUUUCAAAACCGAUUAUCACAAAACUAUUAAUAAAUUAAUAUACAAUAUAUAUAACGGGCCGGGCCGGGUACCCGGUAUUUUUUUAUUUUGGAACCGGCCCGGGUCCUUAAAAAAAAUUACCCGGACCUACCCGGACCGUUUUAUGGCAACAAAAAAUGGAACCGGCGGGUUUUGGACCCGGACCGCCAUUACCCGGACCGGACCGCCAUUACCCGGACCGGACCGCGGUUCCAAGACCCGUUUGCCCACCCCUACCACCAAUACUUCGGUCAUAUAACAUAGGACAGUCACCAAUAUCUGAGGUCGAUAAACAAUUGCGGACCAGGGAUGAGAUAAUACACAUACUACAAGAAAAUUUGGUAAUGGCUGCCAACCGAAUGAAACAACUGGCAGACACGGGCAGACGUGAAGUGCAUUUUGCUGUUGGCGACCUUGUUUAUUUAAAGCUUCGUCCGUUUCGCCAACAUUCUGUUUUUCGUAGGGCAAACCAAAAGCUAGCGUGCAAGUUCUUCGGGCCAUAAAAAAUCUUGGAAAAAAUAGGAGAUGUCGCUUACAAGCUUGAAUUGCUAGAAAGUGCUCGUAUUCAUCCUGUAUUUCAUGUAUCACUCCUUAAAAGGCAUGUGGGACCAACAACAUCAAUAACAACAUUACCGCCUAAUUCAGAAGAUGGGGAACCCGUUUUUGAACCAGAAAACAUUCUCAAUUUUCGAGAUGUCCGUACUAAGUCUGGAAUUGUGCGUGAAGCCUUGGUGAAAUGGGCCUUUCUAGACCAUAAUGAUGCCACUUGGGAACCAGUAGAGAUAAUAAAGAGCCAGUUUCCUAAUUUCUACCUUGAGGACAAGGUUCGAGUUCGAGAAGGGGGCAAUAAGCAAUCCCACUCAAAUGAAUGAAGUGAGUAACGAAUAUAACUCUCAGAUUGAUAUUGCUGAGUCCAUUUAUAAUUCUAUGAAGUUACAAAUAGAUCCAACUACUAUCACUAAUAAUGAAAAUGAGAGUGUUACUGACAGUUCCAGUAAUGAGUCCAUUGUUUAUGGUGAAAGCUGCAAUAGGAGCGAAGUCGAGAGUUCGAGUAGACAAAUUAACGUAGAGGAACUCUAGGCUAAAUAACUAUAUUACUUAAAGUCUUCAUUCUUCUAAUUAAUUACUUUAUACUACGUAGUUUCCUAAUAGUAUUAAUAUUCCUAGUUUCUUUAUUUCCGAUUAGCUAGUUGAGCACCAGCAGGACUUAGUUUCCUGAUUCAACUAGUUCUGUUUUUGGGUUAUAUAUAUACCCAUUCAUUAAUUAAUAAAGAGGGGAGCAUAUAAUUUUUCAGCUUAUUCAGGCUUGGUCUUCUAUCACCCUGAGAUAGAAUCGGUCCCUUUACGCCGUGAGUAAAGGCAUAAGCUUUCUUGCGUUUCAGCAGCUUCUCGUCCCAGGAUUCUCAUCACCGCAGUACCAGUCGACGGCUUGGGUACUGCUUCUAAUACCAGGUGACGGCUUGUUGAAGACUGAAGCAACGGUUACCCGCUGGACUUGGUGACUCUUCGAAUUGGCUGGAAGGGAGACUUGGCCGAAGAAGGGAGACGCUUGCUGCUUCACUAGUUCACUUCUUCUCUGGACGGGAGGGGUUCUUUAUUUAAAUACGGAGUAGUAUUGUUUGGAGUAAGUCUUCCUAUAUUUAUCAUUAACUAUGGAAACAGGUAGUGGUUCUAGUGAUAAUGCAAGUGGGUCAGCCAAGAAACAUUUACUUAUUCUACUCCGUAUUUUAUUACUCCGAAUUAUGCAUUUAUUUAUAAUGGAUUAUAACAAGGAUUAUGUUUUGUUUGAUUAUUUCGUAUUUGUUGGACAUAAACAUUACCUAUACUAAUAAAUUUUAAAUUUUUAGUUCGAC